AUUUGAGAAGCUAGCGAGCGAGGUUUGAUUUGAUUUUCAUGCUGCGUGUAAAGUACACUGCAGAGAGAGACAGACAUUAACGUUAGAACAUAGAAACCUGAGAUACAUACACUAUCAUGCUCUGAUCUCAUCUCAAAAAGAAAAAGGGAAGCCAAAAGGAAAGCGAAAGCGGCUUCUAUUCCCUCAACUCACCAUAAUAUAAUUUUCCAUUUUUUCUCUAAACACUUCUCUCUCUCUCUCUCUCCACCUUUACCAACCAAGCAAAGCAAAACAAUCACAGCUAUAGCUAGCAAACUCCCUCAAUAUAACAACUUUCUCCAAUGGCAGCACCAAAGCUGGUUCCUUUAUUGUUAUUACUAACCAUAAUAACAACAACGAAGAAUGUGUUGGGUCAAGGAGGAACAGCGAGCUGGUGUGUAGCGAGGAGUGACGCCAGCAGCGACGCACUGCAAACGGCGUUGGACUAUGCUUGUGGGGCCGGUGGGGAUUGUCUUCCUCUUCAACCAGAUGGACUCUGUUUUCUCCCUAACACCAUUCAAGCUCACGCUUCUUAUGCCUUCAACAGCUACUACCAGCGCAGGACCAGAGCUCCUGGUUCAUGUGAUUUUGCUGCCACUGCCACCAUUGCCACUAGUGAUCCCAGCUAUGGAUCUUGUGUUUACCCUUCUUCUGCAAGUGCUGCUGGAGGACCAAAUACACCAACCACAACACCUCCAAUGAACAACCCAAAUGUGCCUACAUCUACCACAACAACACCAAUCUUUGGUGGGGGCAACACUGGUGGACUAACUCCUGGAAUGAGCACUCCAUUCCCAGACAGUUCUAGAGCACAUUCAGAGGCAACAGCAACAUGGUUUUUAGCUUUAUGUUCCUCUCUUAUUAUAUUCAUUAUCUCUUAGCCUAUGUAAGAUCUUGGACCAGGCUUACAGUUUUGUCAGAAGUUGAAAGCGGCGAGCCUUUGUUGUUUAUAACCUUAUUUUAUGCAACUACCUCUUAUAUCCCCCACUAUUUUAAUUUAUAAGGUUAUGAACAUGUUAAGCAUGGCAAACAUGGUUUAUUCAGGAAAGAGCAGAGCUAGGUUGUAGCACGGCCUUUACUGAUGUGAUUCUUGUUAGGCUCAAAUUUAAUUCAAUAGUUCAGCUUAAUUGUCCCCUUCCCAAACAUUAUGUUUCACAAGUAGUGCAACAGUAGCUUAUAUAAAGGAUUUAUUUUAGUGUUUUUUCAUGCCA